AAUGCAUCCACCAUUGCCGCACAAGCGGCCAUGCAUCACAUCUCGCCACCUAUGCUCAGCGCAGAACGGAAACGCUCAUAUCCAGGUCUCGUCCCCAUCAAUACUGGCCAACCGGGGAGUCGUCGCCCAAGCGACAAUACAAGUCCGCAGCUGACUCAGAACGGUCUGUCGUACAGUAAUGGUACGGUCGGUGGGAAUCGCCUCGCGGCCACAACAGCAGCGAAUGUUGCAUUCCCGCCGGUGAGAAGUCCGCUGCCUUCGCCUGGAUUUCCACCGCCUUCGACUGGAGGCCAUUCUCCGGUCUUACCGGCGGACAAAGAAGUCAAGUCGAAAAGUUCGAAGAUGAAAUUGUUCAAGCCGAAGAAUAUUGUUCUGUCAAAGGAGAAGGAUCCGAAGAGUACCGGCUUCCCUUCACCAGGAAAAGGCCCUGUGCCGGCAGCGUUUCUGCGUGGUGGUUUCGCUAAUGCAUCGACGACGAGUUUGGUCGAUCCAGGAUCAUCUGCAAAUUCGAUCUACUCAUCUGCAAAUGUUUCGACUUCGACAUUGGUGCCGACCGCGGCGGAGAAGGACCGAGAGAAGCGGCAUCAUUUCCUGUCGCGACAGAAGAACAAACUCAAGGAUGAACCUACACAGCUUCCUCUCUCUUCGGCACAUUCGAAUUCGCAGGCCACAAAUCCGGACAAGCCACAGCCACUGUAUUCCUUUACCCCAGAUUCAGCAGGACCCAGCGCAUUUGCAAAGUCCAUGUCAGGUUUCGAUUUGAGACACGGUGGACGCGCGCUACGGGAGAAGAAGAAGGAAGAGAAAGCUGCGGCCGCCGCUGCGAAACUUGACUUGACGCCAAUCAUCUCUAAUGGAUCUGCGACCACAGCAGAUCAAUAUCUUGGACCGAGUAGUUUCGAGACGAGUAUGACUGGUCCACCGACGGGAGGCGCUUCUCUGUUCUCCUUGCCUACAACUUCCGAUGCGCCGCCUCCGGUUACAGCGCAAGCUUUCAGCAAUAUUGGCGCGCAAAUGGGAUUGCCAGGAAUAGGACCUGACGAUGCGUGGCCUUUGCUCAAAGCUCGCCUGUUGAAUCUAUUCUCCGGAGAGAAUCUACGGACUCCGAUAGAGGACUUCAACGCUCUGGUCAGCGUCCACGUUCGUCGAUGUGUGCAGCGAAGGUCGCCUGUCGUACUGGUUGAGGAUGUUAGGGAACUCCUCCAGACGGGCUUCAGCUCCCUCGCGCAGACACUACGUGGUGUACCCGACGACCGACUCGUGACAAAUCUCGUCGAAAUGUGGAUCGGAGUGUACGGCGCUAUUCUACCCUUUCUGCAAGCCGUCUUCCUCCCGCUGGAACUCGAAUUCAAAGGCCGCGGACCGCUCAUGACCGCCCGCGAAGCUCAAGAAUUCUGGGGCGCGAUACCUGAAGCGUUGAAACUCGACGAACGACCCGAGUCCGCAGAAGGACAUCGAGCUAUGCCGCAUCAGACGGAAGAGCUUGAGAUCCGCCGUAUCACCCUCAUCGCCUUUCGCGACACCGUCAUCAUACCAAAACACGAAACACUUCUCAACAUCUUCUCCCGCCUCUCGCUCGACAGCAUCAACGCGAACGUCAGCCCCGACCCAGCCCGACCGCGUGACCACGCGCGCAGCGAUCCCACCGCCCCCGGCGCAGAUCGUCCUUCGACCGCUGGCUCGCUCUCCCCGCGCCUCAGCAGUUUCAACUCACAAGGCUCCACUCUCCUCGACGCCGCGAGCUCAUCAUCCGGCGGCGGUGGCGGAACCUCCGCUCUUGCGAAUCGCAGUCGCGCGACGUCCAAUACCUCAGCCGGCAGCUCGUUUGCGACUUCCGUCGGUGGCGCGUUUCCCACCAUGUCCUCUUCGGCCACCAACGGAGCAAAGGAUCCUGCAAAAGUCACCGACACGGUCGCGAGGAUGUUGCAGUGUCUAUAUGUUCUCGCUUCGUGUAGGACGGGAGAUGUUGCGCAGGCGAAUGUGGAGAGGUUGACCGCGAAGUUGAAGUAUAAUUGGUUGGGACGGGGAAGGACCGGACGAGAUAGGAGAGGGUGGGUGGGCAUGAAA